AUGGCCUCUGCAGGUGCCUCUGGCGCAAACGGCGGGUUAUCUGCAGCGCAAAGAUUAAUGCAGAAACAUGACGAGGCGCACCAGACCACAGUUGAGGAUGUUCCGGAUCAGGACGACUUGACCCAGCGCCCGCACCCGCUAUCCUCCAGCGUUCUCGAGUCCGCCGACGAAGCCGCACCCGCUCCAGGAUGGGCAGCUCCUAUGUCAGCCAAGGCAGCAGGAAAACGGAAGGAAGAGCCAUCGGUGGGAACGCCGCGCGCACCGUUGUUGGACACUCAAUCGGAUGAGUUGUUUCCAGGCUUAGGAGGGCCCUCAAAGCCCAGUCAAGCUGCAUCGACUGCCCCUAUCUGGGGUGCUAAAAAGUCAACUCCCGCCACGAAUGGGAACGGUGUCGCAACAAAUGGCACAUCGACGCCGACGUCCGAGUUGAAUACGCCGCCUGCAAAUCUUAAGGCAGCAACGAAGACUGGUGUGCCAGCUGCAGCAAGUCAGUUUACCGGCCCGGUGUAUACCUUCCAGCCCAAAGAAUUACCUCGUUCCGCAACGAAAAAGCCAUUGCCGGACAUUCUGAGGGAUAUCAAUAAGAAGUACAGGGUGAACCUUGCCCAGACGACAGGAGAGGGGGGCGUCAUAAAAAUCGGCGCUGCUGGUACACAAAUACCAGAAUCCGUCAAGCGCCAGGCCUUCAAAGCACUGGGUGACCAGAUUACUACCAAGUCGUCAACAAGAGUCCCAAUUCCGCGAUCCGCACGAGCCCACAUCAUCGGCAAGCAAGGCUCAACGAUCAAGUCCCUGCAAGAGAUGUCAGGAGCACGGAUUCAGAUGCCAAAAAUGGAGGAUACGCCUGAGCCUGUUGACGACGACGACGACACCAUAUACGUCGUGGUUGAGGGUAACCCCAUAGCAAUCCGGAUGGCGGAGGAAGCCGUUGGUAAGAUUGCCAGCGAGCGGGGCGCAACUCUCAAUACGAAGCUUCGAAGUAUCCCGGCUGAGUUAUACCCUUUUAUUGCUGGCCCCUACAAUUCCGCGGCAAAUGCUUUGGAGGAAGCACACGGUAUCCAAAUCCGAGUUCCCCCGCACCAUACCUGGACUUCGCAACCGCCUCCUCCAGUGCCACCCCGGGGUACUGCUCCCGCGUUUGUCCCUGCAGUAGGUGACAAUCACAUUACCCUCGCUGGUGAUCGAGCAGCGGUCCAAGCGGCGCGAGCCGAGAUUGAGCGGCUAGCUCGAGAGCUUCAGCAACAGUUAUCUCUGGAGCAAUUGCCCAUCAACAAAGGCCGGCAUCAAUUUAUCAUUGGCGAUCGAGGAGUGCCUGCACAGGAAUUCUUUGCCAAUACUGGAUGUGCCAUUAUACUCCCAGGGGAGGGCGAUGAUGAUACAAUUACCUUUGUCGGCCCUGCGAAUCAGAUUCAGCAAGCAAUGGAUAAGGCCAUGGAUUUAGCCAUGGGAAUGCAAAGCUCGAGUCUCGAUCUAACUCGUCAGCUACGAAAUGUCAAAUCUCCCCACGAGCAUGCUCGGAACCUUACGAAUUAUCUUCGUAAUCGUAAGGAGAUAGAGCGUAUUGAGAAACUACAUCAUGCCCAUAUCGUGACGCCUUUCGACCCGAAUGGUGCAGUGGCUCCGUGGGAACUUUAUUCCCGGGAUGGCAAGAAUGCUAUCAAGGCACAGUCUGAGAUCGGCCGCAUUUUAGAAGCCCAUCCUCCAUCGCGAAUGGCUACCCUCCCAAUCGAUCCAUUCUUCCACCAGCACCUCCAAAAGGAUAUUAUGCCUAGAGUCAAGAAUGACUUUAGCGUACAUGUUGUGGUUCCCAACGCUGCUGAUACUGACGCUCCCGUCCUUCUCGUAUUCGAAGGAGAAGGUGGGCUCGAGCCAGGCUAUGAGGUCCCACGGGGACGACCAAGCGCUGAGGAGGUGAAAACCUUCCAGCAAGGAUUAGCCGACGCCCAGAAGCACAUUUUGGAUAUUAUAAAUGCCCAAGAAAAGAUCACUAGCACAUCUAUUGAUGUGCCUGCAAUCUUCCAUGAAAAGUUGCGGAAAUAUAUUAAGAAAGAACAACAAAAUCGAAGCCCUGAUCAGAUCCCCAUCAGAGUUACUGCCAACCGUACACUUGUUACUCUUCGUGGUCCCGCACCUGCUGUUGAGACCUUGGCUGCAAAAGUGAAAGCCUUUGUUGAGCAGGCAAUUGAAGAUGAAAAAGAACGUGGCUUUUCAUUGUCUUUUGACUUCCCGCAAAAACACGCUAAUCAACUCAUUGGCAAGAACGGCAGUAAUGUCCAUGAUUUGCGUGAAAGAUUCGACGUCGAGAUCCAGGUCAAUGACGGAAAGGUCGAGGUGAAAGGCCCGAAGGCUAAAGCAGAGGCUGCUAAGUCCCAUAUCUCAGCUCUUGGAAGACAAUGGGCGGACGAAGCGACUUAUGUCCUCAAAGUUGAGCCCAAGUACCACAGUGAGCUUAUCGGUGCCAAGGGUAGCCAGAUUAAGAAGCUUGAGAAUCGGUACAACAAUGUCCAAAUCCACUUCCCUCGCUCAGCUCGACCCGUUAAGGAUGACCAGUCAAAUGCCGACGCCGCGAGCGACGCUGGUCGAAGGGGUGGACGGCGAGAACAGCAGCCUGACGAGGUUAUUGUCAAAGGGCCCAAGAAAGGAGCCGACGGGGCGAGAGACGAAAUUUUAUCACUGCUUCAAUACAUCAAGGACACUUCCCACAUAGCGACUGUGUCCGUCCAGCCAAGCCAGAUCCCAUCCCUCAUUGGACAGCGCGGAGUUGAGAUGGAUAAAGUUCGACAGGAGACUGGAGCGAAAAUCGAUAUCCCAAAUGCAAGAGACCUCAAAGAUCCAUCUGCCCGAGUUGACAUACAAAUCAAGGGAACCAAGUCGGCAGUUACACAAGCCAAAAAGAUGAUCGAAGAGAAGAAGGAGAUAUUCGAUCGCACUGUUACCAAGACUGUGGACGUGGAUAAGACAUACCAUAGAGGGUUGAUUGGUGCCAAAGGCGCUACUAUUAAUGACAUUGUUGUUAAGGCUGGUGGAUCGAAUGCCUCUGGCCAAAUUGUGCAAUUUCCCAAGGCCGAUGCUGAUGGGAACAUCAUCAAAAUCACAGGCACGGUGGACGUUGUCGAUAAGAUCAUUGCAACGAUUGAAAAGAUGGUUGCUGAAUGGGAAAGCCAAGAAACCGAAGUGGCUGAUGUGCCGACCGACAAGCAUCGCUCACUGAUUGGCCGCGGAGGAGAUAUCAAGAGAGACUUGGAAACAAAAUUCAGCGUCACCUUGGAUAUCCCAAGACAAGGUAGCGGCCAAACCGGCGUCAAGAUUACUGGCUUACCGAAGGAUGUCGAGAGUGCAAAAGCCUAUAUCCUGAACCUUGUCAAGGAGCAAGAAGGCGAGACGAUACAAGUACCGCGAAAGGUCCACCACGCGGUUUCCGAUAACGGCCAAUUCUUCCGGAGACUUCGAAAUGAUCUCAAGGUCGUAGUCGAUGUCAACAAGAGCGAGGUUCCCGCUAAGCCAGCAGCAACUUCAACACGGUCCAAUGGCAGUUCAAUGCCAUUGAUCACCGAUGAUACCGAGGCAGCUGCCGGGGCACAUGACUUUAAGACAGUCGACGUUUCUGAAACUGGCCUCGACGGUGAAAUUCCCUGGGUUUUGCGCGGCUCACCUGAAAGCAUUGCCAAAGCCAGGGAUUCUAUCGUUGCGGCUAUUGAGCAGGCGCUCAAAUACUCUACGAUCGGCUACCUGACCCUGCCGGACCCGCAUACCUACAGAUAUGUGAUCGGCCAAGCUGGAAGCAAGGUCAACAGCAUUCGGAAAGCUACUGGUUGCAAGAUUACUGUUCCGCGAGACCAAGCCAAGGAUGAGCCGAUCGAGAUUGUAGGAAGCGCAGAGGGCGUCGAGAAAGCGCGGGAAUUGAUCCUGAAUGCCGUGAAGGAGGGUUCCAGCGCCAACCGAUCAUGA